ACACCAAACAACAGCAAUAAUAACAAAAGAACCAAAAAAAUAUAUAUUGAAAAACGAAAAUUUACGUUUGUUUUAAAACCUAACGAUGAUGAACAGUCAGUUUUUUAACGCAGAGUAGAAAAGACCUAUUAAAUUUGAAUAAUAGCAAAAAAAAAAAAAAACAUUUGAAAUAAAACAUUUUAAACGAUAACAAAAACAAAACAAAUAAAACAUUGAAUAAAUAAUUAAAUUAAUUGUAACAAAUAAAAAAACUAAAUAAAUAUUUAAAAAAAUGCAAGUUUUGGAACAAAGAGAAUCAAUUUUAAAUUCCUCCAAUGAAAUAUUUGAAGGCUGCAAACAACAAGUGGAAGGAAUUAAUACAAAAUUAGAUGAAAACAAACCACAAAGUUUUCAAAUUAACCCGGUAGUGCCAAAUUUUCUGGGAGUUUCACAGCUGCUGCCCAGUCUUUAUCUAUGUGGGGCCAGUGUUAUUACACCUCAGAUGUUAACACAACUUGGCAUUAAUUUUGUUAUUAAUGUGGCCUCAGAAUUACCGGAUACUCCUCUGCCUACAGCAAGCAAAAUUUUAUAUUUACGCAUAAAUGUUUCGGAUAGUACUCAUACAGAUCUAUUAAAACAUUUCGAUGAGGUAUCGGAAAUGAUUGAAGAAAUAAGACGUAAUGGUGGCAAAACAUUGGUACAUUGUGUGGCUGGAGUUAGCCGUUCGGCCACCUUAUGUCUGGCCUAUUUAAUGAAAUAUGGUCAAAUGAAUCUUAAAGAUGCCUUUUUACAUGUCAAAUCUAUACGUCCUCAAAUCAGACCAAAUUCAGCUUUUAUACAACAGCUGCGCUGUUACGAGGAGCAACUUUUGGGUUUACAAUCGGUUAAAAUGAUUUUUAUGGAAUGUUUGCAAAAAGAGAUACCCGAUGUUUAUGAAGCUGAGUAUCGUGCUAUGGAAGACUUCUAUCAAAGACAACGCACUAUUUUCAGAAAACGUCAAGAGGACAAAGCUAUUAAAACAUAAUUUUCUUUAAAAAAAAAGAGUUCCUAAUAGAACAAUUCAACAAACCACAGGGAUGUGAAGAGCUUUCACACUAAACAACUGCUUAACAUUGCAACGUUUUGUCUUUGUUCUGUUAUUUGUGUGUGUGUUUUAGUAAACGAAAGCUUUUAAUUUGCAACGUGAUUUUCAUAUUCAGCAGAGAUGGACGGAGAGAAAAUCACUGGACCAUAUAGUGAUGGAAUGAUUUUUUUAGA